GCGUUAUCAAUGGGGUCUUCAGGGGGUUGGAAGGGGUAAAGUGACUGGGGGGCGUCUCGGGUAUAAAGGCUGGGGGAGCGCGUUGGCUCCACACCAUCGUCACAAUGAGGCUGCUGGUGCUGUGUGCUCUGGGCGCUCUCUGCCUCGUGCCUGGCGGAUCGUGCGAUCAAACAAGUUCAGCGUUGAAGCAGCGAGACGUCAACAACAUCUUGUGGAAGAUUUACGAGGAUAUCCACGAUUCUCGUCUACAAAGUCUUUCCCAGACCUUUGAUCCUCUUUCCGGCCACUAUGACGACGGUGGUGUCUCCGUCAGGCGCCUCAUGAGUGAACUCAGCGACCACCGCCUGCUGGAGCAGAAGCACUGGUUCUCGCUCUUCAAUACCCGCCAACGGCAGGAGGCUCUCAUGCUUUACGACGUGCUCGAGCACUCAACAGACUGGGACACCUUCGCCGGGAACGCAGCCUUCUUCCGUGCUCGCAUGAACGAGGGCGAGUUCGUUUAUGCUUUUUACGCUGCUGUCAUACACUCUUCUCAGACACAACAUGUGGUGCUGCCGCCCCUCUAUGAGGUUACUCCUCACCUCUUCACCAACAGCGAGGUCAUUCAAGAAGCCUACAAGGCCAAGAUGACACAGACACGUGCGACGAUCAAGUCCCACUUCACCGGCAGCAGGAGAAACCCCGAGCAGCGUGUGGCCUAUUUCGGCGAGGACAUCGGCAUGAACACCCACCACGUCACCUGGCAUUUGGAAUUCCCCUUCUGGUGGGACGAUGCCCAUGAGGACCACCACAUUGACCGCAAGGGCGAGAACUUCUUCUGGGUCCAUCAUCAGCUCACCGUUCGCUUCGACGCCGAGCGUCUGUCCAACCAUUUGGAACCUGUUGAUGAACUCCACUGGGACGACGUGAUCCACGAGGGCUUCGAUCCCCAGGCAAUGUACAAGUACGGCGGCUACUUCCCAUCCCGCCCAGAUAAUAUCCACUUUGAGGACGUGGAUGGCGUUGCUGAUAUUCGUGAUAUGCUGCUUUAUGAGGAUCGCAUUCGCGAUGCUAUUGCUCAUGGUUACAUCCGAGACCACCAAGGCAAGAUCAUUGACCUGAGGAACAAUCACGGCAUCGAUAUCCUUGGAGAUGUGAUUGAGUCUUCCCUGUACAGUCCCAACUCCGAGUACUACGGCUCCCUACACAACACAGCGCAUAUGAUGCUCGGCCGCCAGGGUGACCCUCACGGCAAGUUUGACCUCCCUCCUGGUGUCUUGGAGCACUUCGAGACCGCUACACGCGACCCGGCCUUCUUCCGCCUCCACAAGUACAUGGAUAACAUCUUCAGAGAACACAAGGACAGCCUUCCUCCCUACACCCAGCAGGAGCUCGAAUUUGACGGCGUUAACAUUGACAACUUCUAUGUUAAGGGAAAUUUGGAAACUUAUUUUGAAGACUUCGAGUACAGCCUUGUGAAUGCUGUUGACGACACAGAAAGUGUUGAUGACGUGGAAAUCACCACAUACAUUCCACGUCUGAACCACAAGGAGUUUUCAUUCAUCGCUGAUGUCACGAAUGAGAAGAACCAUGAUGUUCUCGCCACUGUGCGCAUCUUCGCCUGGCCUCAUGAAGACAACAACGGUGUGCCAUUCUCUUUCGACGAUGGUCGCUGGAACGCGAUCGAACUGGACAAAUUCUGGGUUAUGUUGCACCCCGGCCACAAUCACCUUGAUCGCUCUUCCUUUGACUCUUCUGUGACGGUCCCUGAUGUACCCAGCUACCAGUUUAUUAAGGACAGGACCGAGGAAGCGAUUCAGCAAGGCAAGGAACUCCACAUCGAGGAAUUUGAGAGCAGCCUUGGGCUACCAAACAGGUUCCUUAUUCCCAAGGGCAAUAAGGAUGGCCUGGAGAUGGACUUAGUCAUCGCCAUCACCGAUGGACAGGCCGAUGCUGCUGUCGAAGGAUUGCAUGAGAACACUUCCUUCAACCACUACGGCUGUGCUGACGGUAUUUAUCCCGAUAACAGGCCCCACGGUUACCCGUUGGACCGUCACGUGGAUGAUUCCCGCAUCUUUGAGGAAUUACACAACUUCAAGCACAUUCAAGUCAAGGUCUUCCACCACGAAUAGGGAGGCAUAUUCUACCAGUGGGCCGCCUUUGAGUCUCUUUACCAUCAUGCCGAAGAGAGAGCCACAUGAGAUGCAUAAGGCACUUGUAAUUCCUUCUCUUCACCCUUAUCACACCUACACUUUUAACUUUUACGAACAAACAUUUUUCUUCUCCGCAUAUCACAAUCUCAUAAUGUGAAUUUCCAGCCUUUUAUCAUUUAAACUCUGGCAAUACACUGAACUGAUAGUAACACCAAUUACUGAAGUAAUCAUAAUUCUAUAAAAAUUUGCUUCAUGGCAGGGCACACACACACACACACACACACACACACACACACACACACACACACACACACACACACACACACACACACACACGUUGUGAUGGUCUUUAUAAAUAAAGAACAUGUUCACUGA